AGCCGUACCACGGCGGUGGCGGGGGAACGGGCCGUGGAUGCGCCGCAGGUCGGAGGCGGCGGCCGUCAGACCCCGCAGCCCCGGCUCGCUGCGUUUCCGCCGCCCAGGCCGUCUGCCGGGAUGCAGUGGGCCGUGAGCCGGCGGUGGGCGUGGGCCGCGCUGUUUCUGGCCGCCACGGCCGUGCUGGCGCAAAUGCUCUGGCCGCCGAGCUUCGUCUUCCAGCCCGAAGAGAUCGCUCAGCUGGCGCGGCAGUACGCGGGGCUGGACCACGAGCUGGCCUUCUCGCGCCUGAUCGUGGAGCUGCGGCGGCUGCACCCAGGCCAUGUGCUGCCGGACGAGGAGCUGCAGUGGGUGUUCGUGAACGCGGGUGGCUGGAUGGGUGCCAUGUGCCUUCUGCACGCGUCGCUGACCGAGUACGUGCUGCUCUUCGGCACCGCCCUGGGCUCUGGCGGCCACUCGGGGCGCUAUUGGGCAGAGAUCUCAGACACCAUCAUCUCUGGCACCUUCCACCAGUGGAGAGAGGGCACUACCAAAAGUGAGGUCUUCUAUCCAGGAGAAACAGUGGUGCACGAGCGUGGUGUGGCUACUGCGGUGGAGUGGGGACCAAACACUUGGAUGGUGGAGUACGGCCGGGGCGUCAUCCCUUCUACCCUGGCCUUUGCGCUGGCUGACACCAUCUUCAGCACCCAGGACUUCCUCACCUUCUUCUACACUCUUCGCGCCUAUGCCCGGGGCCUCCGGCUUGAGCUCACCACCUACCUCUUCGGCCAGGAUGCCUGACUGCCGGGCCUGAAGGAGGACCUGUGGAUGAACAGGAGCGGGCAGGCCCGCGCACAUCCACCGGCUGGAUCCCUGGUGAAAAGACAGGGCGUUUCACAACAUGCGGUUGCUGAGUUCCUGCGGUCCGAGCAGGGACCUCUACAUGCUUCUGCAACCAAACCCAGAGAUGUGUGGGGACUCACGGGCCGUGCACUUAGAUACUGAAACCCGUGUGUUCCCUGGCCUCAUCCAUUCACACCCAUCCAGAGAGGGAGCCCCAGAUAGUCCAGGGAGACCAAUCAUGUCAGACACACAUGCCGCAAGCUCGACUCAUGACCUCAGGCCUUCCCAGAGCUUCCCUGUCCCCAGCAGGGCUCUGGAGUGAGGGAUGGAGAUGGGUGUUCCCCUCUGCCUUGGUCUGACCACUCGACCUGGCCUCGAAGGGUGAGUGGGGGGGAAGAGGAGCUGCCUUUGGAGGCCCCCUUCACCUGCAGCUAUGAUGCCUUUCCCCCUCGUCUCCCUGUCCUCACCAAAUGCCUUAUCCCCUUUCCGGUCCCUUGCUAUGCAAGCGCCCUUUGAAGCCCGGCCUCCAUCCUCUCAAAUCACGUUGUCUGGAGAGUGCUGAGGUCAGGGGCCUAAUGUCCUGAAAGCUGGAAGAACCCUGCCCCUCCUCCAGGGGCAGAUGGCAGUGUGAGGGGGACACUGAUCUCAGCCCAGGGCCCAACUACUAGAAAGAGAACCUGGGGAGGUGGGCCAAGUCCUAGAGACAGCCCUUUCUGUGCACACAUUCCAUCACAGCUUUCUGCCGUGACCCCGUUGCAUUCUGUCUCCCC